AUGCAAAUACUCUACUUGUUAACUUUGUUUUGUAUUUUAAGCUCAAUUAAUGCAUAAUGUGAACUUGUUAAUGACUAAUGUUCACAAGGAUGCAAUAAAAUUGAUGGAAUAUGUGUUGCUGAGAUCUGCAAUUCUUUUAUAAAUAAAUUAGGAGACCCUAAAACCAAUCCAUUCAAAGGGACAAUAUAAUAUAUUGAUGAAACUAUUGAUUUAAAUAUAACUAUAACUUACACUGAUCCUAAAUUUAUUGAUACAACAUAAUAAGGGAUUACAUAAGGAGAAAAUACUGCAUCAUGUUUAUCUCUAAAUCUAUAUAAAUAUUAAAAUAGUGAAUAUAAAAUAAAAGAUUCAUCAUCCUACACUAUCAAUUACAUUAAUGAUGGUUCAAGUACAAGAGCAUAUUAAUUCAUUAUUCCAAGUAAAGACUUUAUAAAAGAACUCUAAUUAUCAGAUGAUGGAACUAUUUUCUCUUUUCAUGGAUAUUAUAGUUUAGAUUUUAGCAUAGGAAAAUUAGAAUAAAGAGUCAUCUAUUUUGACUUCAAUGCAGGUAUAGAUAGAGAAACAACUGGAAACAGAAAUACUACUUUUGGAAGUUUGAGUACUAAUUAAAGUAUUGUUUGUAAUCCAGAAUGUAGAACUUCAGUUAAUAGUUCACUUAAAUUCUGUUCUGAUGAAACAUGUGCUUAACCAAUAGAGAAAGUUGAUCUAUAUUUGAAUGAUCAAAUAUGGAUAAAAUAAACUUUAACAAAGGAAGGAACAUAAAAUUAUUAUUUAAUCAAUCCUGAAAUAUAUUUUACAGGUGAUAAGUUAUUCAAAAAAGCAACUAUUCUAUAACAAAAGAUCAACUAAAAAGGUUAUGCAAUGUAUUUGAUUAAAGUUGAGAUUGCAUGGACAUUUAUAACAAUAUCUGCAAAAGCAACUAUUUCAUCAACAGCAGGAUCAAGAAUAUUAGAUGAAUAAAAUUAAUCAUAAACUUUAGGAGUUACUUAAGAAAUAGAUUGUAUUAAAUAUAAAGAAUCUAAUUAAUGUAUUGAAUGCGAUUAAUCAUUAAAUGUUAAUAAUGUUGAUUCACCAUAAGAGGAUGGAUGUCCAAUAAGUGGUAAUAUUUUGAUUAUUGGAAUUUUGAUUUCAAUGAAUUUUUUAAUUUGA